AUGCCGCUGAUAGCGAGGUUAUGGGCUAAAGGACGUGCCGAGACGGCCCUCGACGAGAGGAGGACGCGCACUCACGGGAGCAAUUCAUUGCAGUACGAACAAAAUUGUGUGAGGAUCCUUCUGUUUCGCGAAUGCGAGUGGCGUGGACGAAAACUUCUCUUUGAUUCAAUUGCCAUUGAAAAGAACAAGGAACACAAGCCGGAGGAUAAUGAUAAUAACAAUACCUCGUCAUAUUGUCGCAACAUAAUCAAGAACAAAAGAAUAUUAUGUGAGCGCGACAAGAGAUUCGUUGAAGCUUCGGAUGGUGUUUCUGGCGAGGAAAGGUGGUUAUGUCAGGAUAUAAGUUUAUUGAGUGAAAUGAUUUUUGGAUCUGUGGCAAUGACAUAUAGGGGUGUCUCCUUCAAGAUUCACGAGAUGAAUCCUCCCGGAUGUAUAAUGUAUACGAAAGUCUUUCCUUACUUGGAGCAUGGACUUUGCAAGCAAAGUUUGAUUAUUAAAAAUAGUGAUGGAUAUUCCAAUGGAAAUCAUAGUGGUUUGACGACUAAUGAAGGUUCGCAGUCAGCGGAUGGAGCGGGAAACAGUAGCGGAGCCGCCGGUAGCCUCUCGAGUCUACGACGACGUUGGCUACGAGCUGAAUCAACGUCUCUCAGUCGUUUUGAGACGGAUGAUUCUUUCCGUCAAAAUUGCAAGAGCCCCACGACUAACAGCGUCAAGGAAUCUCACGCGCCAAAGCACAAAACGAGGCUCGGACUGGCAAUGGUCCUGCAGUUGCCAAAUGGCCGUGAGCAAGAGACGAGUAAGCGACUGUUGGAACACGCGGCACUGCUCGAGGGGAUGCUGGAUCGUCUUCGGCUUUCGUGUAUCGAGGGCAAGGAUUUGGAGCGAAACUUUGUGAAUAAGUUGUACAGAACAUCGAGCCGCUGCGUUCUGAAGCUCCUCGGGUUACUCAUGAGCCUCGAUGCUCAUACAUCGGCGACCCUCAUCUGGCACGAUCUUCUGCUCAACUCCUCGAUGACCGUCAAUGUUCAGGUGAACACGUUGCACCGUAGUCUUGAGCAGAUGUUUCUACUACUUGAAGAACUCGAUAGCAAGUCAACGAAUUUCUUUAUCAGCACUAUCGUGACCGCUGUUCUCACGCACCACUUGGGAUGGGUUCACACGGCACCUCCACGUCGCAGCAAACAACCGAUGGAGAGUCUCAGCCUUGAUAAGCAAUACGCCUGCAGUCCCCUGUGGGCCCAGCUGAACGACCUGUACGGGGCAUUGGGCACACCGGCUCGCGUGGCCCAGACGGUAAUAGCCGGUGAGCCGGGCAAGGCGAAGCUCAUAGCCUCGGUCCUCCGCUUUCUCUCGUACUUCCUGCGAAGCGGUGUCGUGGAGAGGCGAGAGGAGAGCCGCUGCAGAUCGGAGGAGGACGUGCACGAGGCCGUGGCGAUACUGGAGCGAGCCGACCGUAAGAAUGCGUGCCCGGACCUCGGCAGACGAUGGAAGAAAUCGACGACCUUGGCCGAGUCUACCCAGCCGAUACCAAAGUCCGAGACGAAGUUGGACCAGCCGCGGAAGCGUUUCGAAUUCGAGGCUGCGGACGACGACUGUAUCGACAAGAUGUUCGAGAUGACCUCGGCCAAGAAGCUAAAGAGUAGUGCCGUCGUGGAGGAGGAGCUCGGCGAGGAGAGGACGGCGACUAGGGAGCCGAAGCUCAUUCCUCGCGAGGACGAGGAGCGGGAGGUUCAUAAGGAGAGUGUACUGAGAGGAUUUUUGGCUAAGAAGAAGGUGGCUGUAAAUGAGAUCACCAACGACGCCAUAAUAGAUCAGAAAUUGGCGGCUCUUAGGCGACCGAAGCUUACUCUCGAUAACUUUCACUCGGACUCCAAAACCUUAGAGGAUCCAUCCCUGGCGUUGCUCUCGAGUCUCGGCGAGGACACGGCGGCCCACGAGACCAAGGCCCAAGUGUACUUUGCCCUCGGCAACGAUACCAAGUCCGGACUGACGAUCCGCGAGCGCCUUCGAUCCACUUGCAAGUGCCAGUGCUCGUAUACGUUCACGCGGGUGCCGAGCACCUCCGCGGAGCUACCAGAGGGCGUCCUCAGAAAGAUCAUCCAGCGCAACUUUCCCGAGUCCUCGAAAAACAUGCAACCCUCGGCGGAUUGUACGGACGACUUUGGCCUCUGUCUUAAAUGCCAUCGUGGCUACGCGAGCUCCUCCCACGGCUUCGAGAAUGGCAAACUCUUGCUGGAAACGCCGACGAAUGCUACGGAGAUGCUCAGGGGCUGUCGCGGCUCAGCCAGCUCUAGAGUACUCAACUCCAAUUGUCUAGAGGCCCUUAUCGAGGCGAGUUGCGUCAUCGAGCUGCCCAUGCCCAGGUCGAAAAAGGUGUCGGGAUUGACGAAGAAAAUGUCGAGCGAACGCGUCGGCUUCUCAAAGAGCUUGCUGAGCUCGAAAACAGUGGACUCGGAGGAAGACAGUCGAGAUUCCAGCUAUACCUGGGGAAUGGUCGUACAGGGUUUCACCAAGAGGAAGGAAAAGUCGAGGCGAAAAACCGAGGAGGAGUGUAGGAAAGAAUGGUGGUGGCCGAUUCGAGAAGGCCUCGGCGUCGAAGCUAAGUUUCCCAUCGUCGAUCAUCCCGUAUCCGAAGCUCUCUGUAUACUCGGAGAUCUGGACAAUUGGCAGGUCGGUCUGCUGUCGAAUAGCGCCGGAGGAUCAACACCCAUACCCGUCGGCAUGUCCAGGCUCGUCUCCAAUAUGCUUGAGGCUUUCGCAUGCAUGUGGAAAGAGUUUAGAUCGCCCGUCCAGUGCAUAAAGCUACUGGAGAGCAGACUGCGCGAAAUGUGGAUGCGCAGUGAGACUCUCGCAGAGUUUCUCUUAGCGGCCGACACGAGCGAGUCGAGCUAUACCAACUUGACAAGCUUCCUCGACGUGGACGCUGCCGAUUUGCCUCUUCUUCUCGCCGUGGCGACGACUCACACGCCCCAAAUAGCUCAGCGCCUCGGCCUCACGUUGGCCUGAACAAUUCAGUGGCCACUCUUGAUUGAAGGAAUUUUUGUCGUACAAUCGAUGGAAAUCCCGUGACCAAUCUGCAACUCGCUCACGGACAUCUCGCCUUACAAUAUUUUCUUAAAUUUUCACUAGGUUUUACAUUUUUCUCAUCGUACUGAGAGAAUUGAAAUAACGAUUAAAUGCGUGAUCAGC